AUGUAUGAAGCAUUCAGCAUCGUCCGCUUCUUCUUCAUGGGUGGCUGGGUAGCCAAGGCGGUGCUAGCCCUCGUCAACAUCUUCUAUGUCGCAUGGUGGGCGGCCGGCGUCGGGACGCUCGUGGUGUCGUCGCGCGUCGCCGACGCCAAAGGCCUGCCGGGCGCGGAGCCGCGGCGGCGCGCCGUCGCGCUGGCGGGCGCCGCCCUGGCCGCGCAGGUGGCGAUGGUGUUGCUGGGGGCGCUGAGCGCGUGCUGCAAGUGCUGCGGCAUGAUGCGGCCGGCGCGCGGCGGAGGCGGCGGCGGUGCGGGCGGCGCCGGGCCGUCGUCGCGGCUGCAGCAGCCGAUGCUGCCGGAUGUUGUGCUGAUGCCUGCAUACCCAGUCCCGCCCCCGGCGGCUGCCGCCACGGCGGUUUGA